GAGUUUGGGGGACGGGAUGCGGCGGAGAGGUGAGUUGUGGAGCGCUACCUUACACAGCUGUGGGGCAGUUUGCUUAAAGAUGAGUUUUUGGGGUCCCUUGGAUCAGGCGUGGGCAACCUGAUGUGGUCGUACCACCACUCCCAGAUCUCACUACGGCACGUUAAAGGAAACUCAAUCUGCUGCUGAACAUGGUGCUUGCCCAUGGCAUGGAUUCCAGUCGGUCUCAGCACAGCAAUCCCACCAUCCUUUACCCGGCACACAACACGAGCUUGACCACCUGCCCUAUGUCCACCGGAGAAUUGUGGGUACCAGGGCUAUACAAAGAUGUCUCCACAGGAAAGACAAAUGGCACGGUGCCGGCCCAGUUACUCUUCCCCGGAGAGAUAGCUGCCGCUGGCCUUAUCUUUGGAGUAAUAUGGAUUCUCUCUCUGUUUGGUAACGCAUUAGUCUGCCUUGUUAUCCACCGGAGCCGGAGGACCCAGUCUACUACGAAUUACUUUGUGGUUUCUCUGGCUUGUGCGGAUUUACUGCUGAGUGUGGGCAGCGCUCCUUUUACCCUGCUACAAGUCACCUCUGGCCAUUGGGCACUGGGCAGCGCCAUGUGUAAACUGAUGCGCUAUUUCCACUACUUGACGCCAGGAGUCCAGAUUUACGUCCUGCUGUCGAUCUGCCUCGACCGCUUCUACACCAUACUGUACCCUUUGAGCUUCAAGGUAUCCCGGGAGAAAGCCAAGAGAAUGAUCGCCGCGUCGUGGCUCUUUGACGCCGCUUUUAUAUCCCCCAUUUUCUUCUUCUACGACGGCGUCGACGGGCACUGCAAUUUCUUCCCGCCCCCUUCGUGGGACGGAGCUGCUUACGGGGUGGUUCACCUGAUCGUGGGCUUUGUGGUUCCGUCCGGGCUUAUCAUCCUCUUUUAUCAGAAGGUGGUGAAAUAUAUUUGGCGCAUCGGCACAGACGGGCUCACCGUCAGACGCACCAUGAACAUCGUGCCAAGGACCAAGGUCAAAACUAUCAAAAUGUUUCUGAUGCUCAACACCAUCUUUAUGGUGUCCUGGUUGCCGUUCUACGUGGUGCAGUUGUGGCAUCCGGAUGAGAACGACAGGAGGCAGAGCUGCCUUGUUUUCCUGGCAGUCUCGUGGCUUUCCUUCGGUUCCUCGGCGGCCAAGCCCACCCUGUACUCUGUCUACAAUGCCAACUUCCGGCGAGGCAUGAAGGAGACUUUUUGUAUGUCCUCCAUGAAAUGUUACAGGAGCAAUGCCUACACCAUCACCACCAGCUCUCGAAUGGCCAAAAGGAACUACGUGGGCAUCUGUGAAAUGCCCGUCCCUGCCAAAACCGCCGUUAAAGAGUCGGUGUACGACUCUUUCGACCGCGAGGCCAAAGAAAAAAAACUGGCUUGGCCCAUUGACUCCAACCCACCUAAUACCUUUGUAUGACCCCCUGGAUGUACACAGUCGCAAACUAUUGAAACUAUUAAAGCCGGAGGGGCAGGCCUCUCCUGUGCCAUAAGGGUUAAAAAGAAAUGCUGCAAAGGGGGGUACAAUGGCUUAUUUUGUUAUUGUGACGUCACCAUUCCAUUUUGUUAAAGAAACAGGAACGCUGAAUUACUCAAACACUUAUUAAAGUGAAAAUAUAACCUAUUUAUAAGUACAGGUAUGGGAUCCCUUAUCCGGAAACCCAUUAUCCAGAAAGUUCCGAAUUACAGAAAGGCCAUCUCCCAUAGAAUCUAUUAUAAGCAAAUAAUUCUAAUUUUUAAAAAUUAUUUCCCUUUUCUCUGUAAUAAUAAAACAGUACCUUUACUUGAUCCCAACUAAGAUAUAAUUACCCCUUAUUGGGGCAGAACAGCCCUAUUGGGUUUAUUUAAUGGUUAAAUGAUUCCCUUUUCUCUGUAAUAAUAAAACAGUACCUGUACUUGAUCCCAACUAAGAUAUAAUUACCCCUUAUUGGGGGCAGAACAGCCCUAUUGGGUUUAUUUAAUGGUUAAAUGAUUCCCUUUUCUCUGUAAUAAUAAAACAGUACCUGUACUUGAUCCCAACUAAGAUAUAAUUACCCCUUAUUGGGGGCAGAACAGCCCUAUUGGGUUUAUUUAAUGGUUAAAUGAUUCCCUUUUCUCUGUAAUAAUAAAACAGUACCUGUACUUGAUCCCAACUAAGAUAUAAUUACCCCUUAUUGGGGCAGAACAGCCCUAUUGGGUUUAUUUAAUGGUUAAAUGAUUCCCUUUUCUCUGUAAUAAUAAAACAGUACCUGUACUUGAUCCCAACUAAGAUAUAAUUACCCCUUAUUGGGGGCAGAACAGCCCUAUUGGGUUUAUUCAAUAUUUAAAUGAUUUUUAGUAGGCUUACGUUAUGGAGAUCCAAAUCAUAAAAAGAUCCCUUAUCCAGAAACCCCAGGUCCCAAGCAUUCUGGAUAACAAGUCCCAUACCUGUACAUAAGCACUGUAACAAGAGUAACUGCAUUUUAAAGGAGUUAACAACAUAGCAGCGUUGUCAUUUUCAUAGGCCCUACCUAGGAUAAAAUAAAAGGCUGGGGCAAUUAACUCAACUUAUAAACAGGGUAUAUUUUCACAAUUUUCUUUAAAAAAAAAAAAAAAAA